ACUCAAAACAAAUCUGACAACAUGUUCGCCAUCGCUGUCGUCGCCGCCGCUGUCGCUGGAGCUUCUGCUGGAGCCGUCGGAUACGGAGCAGCUGUCGCUGCCCCCGCCUAUGGCGCUGCUUACGCCGCGCCCGCUUACGGAGCUGCUUACGCCGCCCCCGCCUACGGAGCUGCUUACGCUGCUCCCGCUUACGGAUCUGCUUACGCCGCCCCGGCCUACGGUCUCGGAUACGGUGCUGCCAAGGUAGCCGCUGCUCCUGUCUUCUCCUCGUACGCUGCCCCAGCCUACGGUCUCGGAUACGGAGCGGCUCUUUCCGCUCCUGUUGCUAAGGUCGCCGCUGCUCCCGUUCUUUCCUCGUACGCCGCCCCGGCUUACGGUCUCGGCUACGGAGCCCCUGUGGCCAAGGUUGCUGCCGCUCCCGUCGUCUCUUCCUACUCCACCGUCACCAAGCACGUUGCUGCUGCUCCCAUCGCUAAGGUUGCCGCCCCCGUUUAUGGAGCUGCUUACGCCGCCCCCGCCUACGGAGCUGCUUACGCUGCCCCGCCUACGGAGCUGCUUACGCUCUAUAUAGAUAUCAUUGUUUUACAGAAGGUCGCCGUUGUCGUCGCCGCCGUGGCUGGAGCUCACGCCGGAGCCGUCGGGUACGGAGCCGCUAUCGCUGCUCCCGCUUACGGAGCUGCCCUCGCUGCCCCCGCUUACGGCGCACCUCUCGCCGCUCCCGCUUACGGUCUCGCAUACGGAGCUCCAGUCGCCAAGGUCGCCGCCGCUCCGGUAGUGUCCUCCUACUCGACCGUCACGAAACACGUCGCUGCCGCUCCCAUUGCCUUCGCUGCUCCCGUCGCUAAGGUCGUUGCUGCCCCCGUUCUCUCUUCCUAUGCCGCCCCGGGCUACGGUCUCGGCUACGGAGCCGCUCUCGCCGCCCCCGUCGCUAAGGUUGCUGCUGCCCCCGUUGUUGCCGCUCCCGUUUACGGUGCCGCCCUCGCUGCUCCCGUUGCCAAGGUAGCUGCCCCCGUCUAUGGUGCCGCCUAUGCCGCUCCCGCUUACGGUGCCGCCUAUGCCGCUCCCGCUUACGGUGCCGCCUAUGCCGCUCCCGCGUACGCUGGCGCCUAUGCCGCCCCCGCGUACGGAAUCAACAAGAUCUACUAA